CCUCCCCCAGAAAAAAAAUAUUACUAUUAAAGUUGAUAAUAAUAAAUCAAGUUGAAGCCUAUCCAACUCAGUUCUCUAGGUUAGAUAUAAUCUGGGUAUAAUAUGUUUCUUCACUGAUUAGUAAUCUCUCUGGGCAGAGUACCACUAGUCACACUCCUACUAUUUUGGAUCUUUCUGUCUUCUCUUUGUUUUUGGUCGUGACUAUAUAUGAAUAUACAUAUAAACCAGAAGAAGCAGAAGAUAAACUGUCUCUUUUUUUUUUUUUUUGAAGAAUAGAAUAGAUAGAACUACUACUUUAGCUAGUAGCAGCUUCAACAAAGAUAGAGAGAGAUGCAUCAUUUCGUCCCAGACUUCGAUACAGAUGACGAUUAUGUCAAUUCCUCAUCUUUGAAUCUUCCUAGAAAAUCCAUUACUACUACUACUACUAUGGGUGGUGAUGAUGAUAAUGAUCAUCUUAUGGAGCUUUUAUGGCACAACGGUCAAGUUGUUGUUCAUAACCAGAGACUUCAUCACCAUAACAAUAACAAGAAACCUUCUUCUUCUCCACCCAAGAUGCUUCUUCAACCUCCUCCUUCUCCUAUGCAGCAGCAACCGUCAGAUCAGAAUCUUUUUAUCCAUGAAGACGAAAUGACCUCAUGGCUUCAUUAUCCUCUCCGUGACGAUACCGACGACUUCUGCUCAGAUCUUCUCUUCUCUUCAGCCGCGCCCGGUGCUCCGUGUGUGGCGGCGACGACGGCGGAGAGACAGAUGACUAGUCUAGCGGUUACGACACCGAGACCGCCGGUGGUGGAGAGACAGAUGACGAGUCAAGCGGUUACGGCACCAAGAUCGCCGGUGGUGGAGAGACAGAUGACGAGUCAAGCGGUUACGGCGCCGAACCCGUCGUUGCCGAGGCCGCCGGUGAGGAAUUUUAUGAAUUUUUCGAGGCUGAGAGGCGAUUUUACCAACGGUAGAGGUGAAUCUGGACAACCGUCGGUUUCCAAGGCGGUUGUGAGGGAAUCGACGCAGGUGAAUACUAGCGCUGCAGCCGCGAAACCGUCGGCGGCGGUGGCGGGUGAUUCUGGUUUAUUGCGGAGGACGGAUGGUACUGAAAAAUGCUCCGCCGUGGCUGGAGGCGGACUUGAUCGGAAGGGAAAAGCAGUGGCGACGACGACGAUUGCGAUUCCUCCUGAUAUAUCUACUUCUAUAAUGUCGAAGAGCGAAAUCGAACCAGAGAAGACGAUCGUGGAUGAGAGGAAACGAAAAGAGAGAGAAGCCAUUGACGAGACUGAGUGUCGCAACGAUAACGAGGUGCAGGAAACUAAACAAGGACGUGGAUCAACCAAGAGAUCCCGUGCUGCUGAAGUUCACAAUCUCUCUGAAAGGAAACGAAGAGAUAGGAUCAACGAGAGGAUGAAAGCUCUCCAAGAACUCAUUCCUCGCUGCAACAAGUCAGACAAAGCUUCCAUGCUGGAUGAAGCUAUUGAGUACAUGAAAUCUCUACAGCUUCAGAUACAGAUGAUGUCAAUGGGAUGUGGUAUGAUGCCAAUGAUGUAUCCGGGUAUGCAACAAUACAUGGCCAUGGGGAUGGGUAUGAACCAGCCUCUUCCUCCUCCUUCCUUCAUGCCUUUUCCCAAUAUGUUGCCUUCUCAAAGACCUUUGCCUACACAGACCCAACCUAUAGGAGGAGGCUCUGUAUUCACAGCACCCCAGUACCCUGUUCAUCCUUCUGACCCAUCAAGACUAUAUGUUCAGAACCAGCAAUGUGAUCCAACAACAUUGAGCCAGCCUCCUCAGUAUCCUGGUUUCAUGGAUCCAUAUCAGCAGUUCCGCGGUGUCCACCCGAGUCAACCACCUCCGUUUCAGAAUCAAGCAACAUCGUACCCAAGUUCAAGCAGGGUAAGCAGUAGCAAGGAAUCUGUGGAUCAGGGAAACCACACAAAAGGUUAAAAGCUUGGAGCAGCCAGCCAGAGUAUCUUUUUUGACAAGCAAACACACAAUUUUGAGAAUUUGACAGAGAGAGACCUAACAUGUAAAUCGCCAUCUAAGAUAACGUAUCUCCCCUGUUCUUUUUGUUGUUGUUCUCUCUUUCCGAGUUGUAAACUUAGAGAGCUGUACAUGUCAAGAUCCAGUAAUAUAGGAAUCAAUACAUAGAAGGUGCAGAGGCUUUAGUGAAGAGAACAGAUGGAACAUUAGGUUCAUAUAUACAAACCCGAACAUUAUUCUUUCUUGUC